AUGGGUCACCAUUAUUUCCUCUCAUGGCUUUAUAUCUGCCUGGUGCUCCAUUCUCUCAUUGAAGGGAGCAUGUUAAUGGACAGCACUGGCACACCCCCAAGUCACCACCACACCAGGCAUGAGCACCUCCCUGCCCUGCACACCCACACACACCACCAGGGAAGGGAGGAGGAGGAGGAGGUACAGGAAUGCAUCUCGACACUUUCCACUCCUCUCCAGGCUUCUUCUACCACCUCCACUCAUUUCUCCACCUCCUCCACGCACUCCUCCACCUCCUCGUCUUCAUCAGGGAGUGAAGAGGAAGCCACACGUCCCCGAAAAGUCCUAAAACGCCCAAAAAAGAAGCAGUGCAAGGGAAGUCCCACUAUCUGUGCCACCAAGAGGAAAGUGACGGAUGUGACUGUGGUGACCGAUUCGCUGGAGGAGAAAGUACAGGAGUCUCUGGAGGAGCUGGCGGGGGAGAUCAGAAGCCACGGAGUCACCUGUACUGUCCACCCAGCCUUCACCCACCUCCCACCUUCCAUCUCCACUGAGCCAUCUCACCUGCUGCUGGUGUUUGGGACGUCCAUUGAAGGGUGCCGGGGUCUCCAGGGAACCCUCGUGACAGCCCUGGGGGGUGAUGCUGCCCUGCCACCGCCACAACCUUUCCUGUACAGUGUCUCGUGUCGUUCUGCUGCUGCUGCAGGGAUGUGUUUGAGGCAGCCCAGGAGCUGAGUGGGUGUCUAGUGUCCUGUGGUGGCGCUGAGUGGCUGCCGGUUACUUGCAUCACCACGGAAGACAAGAGAGAGCCGCCAGUGAUGGGUCGGCAGGAGUUUGCCCAGACUGUGAUAGAGAAACUGACCAAACCAGCCAAGAAAUGCUGUGGCACUAGCUGUGGGUCCAAGACAGUAGAUAUAGAGGACCUGGCUUCGUCCCUGCUCCUUCCCCGGACGGCUGUGACCUCUUAGACUCCUCAGGUCAUCCUAGGUCACUCCCUUCAUCGCUGGGAGGUCAAUCAUGGUGCAUAUUAGUGUACAGUGAACUCUUGAUGUGGCAAAGCACUUCACAAGGCUAGUUAGUUGUGAGAGAGAGAGAGAGAGAGAGAGAGAGAGAGAGAGAGAGAGA